GCCCUCACACGGAGCGCAGCUGAGACAGUCGACUGGAUAACAACACAGAAAGAGAAAUUCUGUCAGUGAAAUAAGAUGGAUGGAGACAAGGCUCAAUAUGCACGCCUUAUGGAGUCUCUGAAGAGGAGACAGCGGCUAGGCCCUGACGAGCUUAGACUUAUUGCUGAACAUGACAGCGAUGAAGAUCAUGAAGGCAUGACCAUUGAAGAGGAGGACUUCAUGGACAUGGAGCUCUUGGAUGAAGGGGAAGAAGAGGAUGAAGAGGAGCAAGAUGAGCAGAGGGAUCAACCAACAACCUCCUAUCGGUAAAUGCAUGUAUUCCAAUAGUGUGUAUUUGUAAAUGUGUGUGUGUACAUACAGUAUAUGCUGACAAUAAAUGUCAGCAUUUGCACCCACACACAC